GAAGGGAAGCCCGUACAUGCGGAGAACCUGGGAGGAGGGGGAAGCUCGCUUCCUGCCCAACUGCUCAUUCAGUCGCACAGCAGCAUUUCGGCGUGACCCGCCUGCCCUUCCAGCUGAUAAUGUUUCAAGUCUGAAGUACUUCGGAGAGGGGGAGAGAGCAACACGCGCAGGAGCUAUCAGACCUUUUGGCCAAGGUACGAGUGUCUGUCUAGAAUGUCCAGGCAUGCAAAAAAGCUUAGAGAUCACGAUAUAAAUCCAUGUCUAGCGGAAACAGAUGCCACUACAAAAUGUAUGAAUGACAACAACUAUAACAAGGAUAUGUGUACUGAUUAUUUUUUGAAGUACAGAAACUGCAGAAAAUUCUGGCAUGGAAUUAUGAUGCAAAGGAAGAGAAGUGGUGUGAAACCAGAGAUGCCCCCAGCAGAAGAAAGAAAGAAAAUCUUGGAAUCAAUGGGGAAGCCCUACUGACUAGAAACCUGAACUGGUUGACUGUUGUCACUGUAUAUAUGAAGACUUAGGAGCAGCAAGUCACCAUUUUAUGAACUGGAUUUUACAGUUGCCAUAUGUUGGAUUAAAAUAAGAUCUUAAAUUUUGAAAUGUGUGAGCUUUCCAGGAUAGAACUUCCUAGGUUUGUUCAUACUUCCUGUCAUAGGAACCUGGCCUCUUUCUAUUGGAAGAUACACAUAUCAGUGUAACUUGUGUAGGAACUUUUGGAAGUAGAAACUACCUUGCUGUGAAAUGCUAAAUAGAAAAUUAACGGGACUUGCAGAAAGUCUGAAAAGAUGGGAUUGGUGAGCAUUGCAGUGUGGUUCUAAGUUCUGAGACUGGAGCAGGUUGAGAAGCUGGUACGUGCAACAUGUUCCUUGCACUCAGCUGUUCUGCUCAAUAGUAUGUAUUUACCAUGUGUGAUUUUAUCACUGUUCUCACAUGUUGAAUUCUGUGUCCCCAGUUUUAAUAAGACUUCAUGAACUAAAAUCCUAAAUCCAACAAGCUUGUCAUUGGGUCUGCCACUGCACUUGUCAGUGACAGCAGAAGCUUGCAGUAAAUCAGAUCUGCAAGCUUCACUAGUUAGAAGCUUGCAGAUCUGAGAGAGUGGUGUUCAACUAGCUUCACUAGUUAGAAGCUUGCAGGUCAGAGUUCACCAGAGAGACUGGUGAAGAUAAAACUGAACUCCUCAGGUCUGAGCUGCAUAGUAAUUUCUGUGGAUAGUAAAUAGAUACUUUGGUGGCGGGCAGGCAGGGGGGACUUGCAGACAUGUAAACAGAUCCUCUGAGUGACAUGGCAGGUUUAACUAUAGUACAUCUAUCUAAGACUCUGGACAGCUGAAACCUGGGGUUUGGAAAUGCUUACUCAUAUGAGAUUACAAAGCUCAGUUUAAACAGGUACUCUAAUCUUAAAUAAGGUUGAUUCUUUAGCUAAAUUGAACAACUAAUAAAUGUAAACAUGUUGCUGUC